UGGCGCUGGUGGCUCCCGGAGGCCCCACUUCCCUUAGGGCGGGCGCCGGGUGGACCUCACCUCUGGCUCCUCCAGCAUGCGUGGGUAUCCGGGGGGCGGCUGCGGGCGCGGGGCCUAGGGAUGAUCUUCCCGGUCGCCCGCUGCGCGCUCCGCUGGCUGCAACGUCCGGGAGCCCGGGCCUUGUCCCGCGCUGCCAUGGAGGUGGCCUUCCGAAGCGUGCGGAAAAUUCUCUGUGUGGCCGAGAAAAAUGACGCAGCCAAGGGGAUCGCCGACCUGCUGUCCAACGGUCGCAUGAGGCGGAGGGAGGGAUUUUCAAAAUUCAACAAGAUCUAUGAAUUUGACUAUCGUCUGUACGGCCAGAAUGUUACCAUGAUAAUGACUUCAGUCUCUGGACACUUGCUGGCUCAUGAUUUCCAGAUGCAGUUUCGCAAAUGGCACAGCUGCAAUCCCCUUGUUCUCUUUGAAGCAGAAAUUGAAAAGUACUGCCCGGAGAAUUUUGUGGACAUCAAGAAAACUCUGGAACGAGAGACUCGGCAGUGCCAGGCCCUGGUGAUCUGGACUGACUGUGAUCGAGAAGGUGAAAAUAUCGGGUUUGAAAUUAUCCACGUAUGCAGGGCUGUGAAGCCCAGUCUGCCAGUGCUGAGAGCCCGUUUCUCUGAGAUCACGCCCCGAGCCGUCCGGGCGGCCUGUGAAAACCUCACCGAGCCUGAUCAGAGAGUGAGCGACGCCGUGGACGUGAGGCAGGAGCUGGACCUGAGGAUCGGAGCUGCCUUCACUAGGUUCCAAACCCUGAGGCUUCAGAGGAUUUUUCCCGAGGUCCUGGCAGAGCAGCUCAUCAGUUACGGCAGCUGCCAGUUCCCGACCCUCGGGUUCGUGGUGGAGAGGUUCAAAGCCAUUCAGGCUUUUGUGCCAGAAAUCUUCCACAAAAUUAAAGUAACUCAUGACCACAAAGAUGGAGUCGUAGAAUUCAACUGGAAAAGGCAUCGUCUCUUUAACCACACGGCUUGUCUUGUCCUCUACCAGCUGUGCAUGGAGGAUCCCAGGGCAACCGUGGUGGAGGUCAGGUCUAAGGCAAAGAGCAAGUGGAGGCCUCAAGCAUUGGACACUGUGGAGCUUGAGAAGUUGGCUUCUCGAAAGUUGAGAAUAAAUGCGAAAGAAACCAUGAGGAUUGCCGAAAAGCUCUACACUCAAGGGUACAUCAGCUAUCCUCGCACUGAAACAAACAUUUUCCCCAAAGACUUGAACCUGACCGUGCUGGUGGAGCAGCAGACCCAGGAUCCGCGCUGGGGGGCCUUCGCCCAGAGUAUUCUAGAGCGGGGUGGCCCCACUCCACGCAAUGGGAACAAGUCUGACCAAGCCCACCCUCCCAUCCACCCCACCAAAUACACCGGCAGCUUGCAGGGAGAUGAGCAGCGGCUGUAUGAGUUCAUCGUGCGCCAUUUCCUGGCUUGCUGCUCCCAGGAUGCUCAGGGGCAGGAGACCACCGUGGAGAUCGACAUCGCUCAGGAACGCUUCGUGGCCCACGGCCUCAUGAUUUUGGCCCGGAACUAUCUGGACGUGUACCCGUAUGACCACUGGAGUGACAAGACGCUCCCUGUGUACGAGCGAGGCGCCUGCUUCCAGCCCAGCACUGUGGCGAUGGUGGACGGGGAGACCAGCCCGCCCCAGCUGCUCACCGAAGCCGACCUCAUCGCCCUCAUGGAGAAGCACGGCAUUGGGACCGACGCCACUCAUGCAGAGCACAUUGAGACCAUCAAAGCCCGGAUGUACGUCGGGCUCACGGCAGACAAGCGGUUUCUCCCCGGGCAUCUGGGCAUGGGGCUGGUGGAAGGGUAUGACUCCAUGGGCUAUGAGAUGUCCAAGCCUGACCUCCGGGCCGAGCUGGAAGCUGACCUGAAGCUGAUUUGUGAAGGCAAGAAAGACAAGUGGGUGGUUCUAAGGCAGCAAGUCCAGAAAUACAAGCAGGUUUUCAUUGAAGCGGUGGCCAAAGCUAAGAAGUUGGACGAGGCGUUAGCCCAGUACUUUGGGGAAGGGGCAGAGGUGGCCCAGCAAGAAGCCAUCUACCCGAGCUUGCCAGAGCCCAUCAGGAAGUGUCCACAGUGCAACAAAGACAUGGUCCUCAAGACCAAGAAGAAUGGCGGGUUCUACCUCAGCUGCACGGGCUUCCCAGAAUGCCGAUCGGCCAUGUGGUUCCCCGACUCUGUGCUGGAGGCCAGCAGGGACGGGACCGUGUGUCCCGUGUGUCAGCCACACCCAGUUUACAGGUUGAAGUUAAAGUUUAAACGCGGCAGCCUUCCCCCGACCAUGCCCCUGGAGUUUGUCGGCUGCAUCGGCGGAUGUGACGAGACGCUGCGGGAGAUCUUGGACCUGAGGUUCUCUCGGGGCCCCCCCAGUGCUUCCCAGCCAGCCAGCCAGCCCUCCAACUACCUGCAGGCUAGCCAGUCCCUGAACAGAAUGGACAGUGCCCCCCGGAUGCUGCCUCCACCCGCCAUCACCGGGGGCAGCAACUCGGUGACCUGCAACUGCGGCCAGGAGGCCCUGCUGCUCACCGUGCGGAAGGAGGGCCCCAACCAGGGCCGCCAGUUCUACAAGUGCGGCGGCGGCCGCUGCAGCUUCUUCCUUUGGGCUGACAGCAGCCUCCCGGAAGCCGGGGGGCCGCCUUCCUCUGCCUUGAGACCCACCGGCAGCUCGCUGGGCCGCCCGCCUGCCACAGGGGACCGCCGGGGCGGGUCCGGCCGACCAGGAGAGGACGGCGGCGGCGGGGGCGGGGGCGGGGGCAUGUCCUGCCUAUGCAGCCAGCCCGCCAUCACCCGGACUGUGCAGAAGGACGGGCCCAACAAGGGCCGCCAGUUCCACACAUGUGCCAAGCCCCGAGAGCAGCAGUGCGGCUUCUUUCAGUGGGUGGACGAGAACGUGGCCCCAGGGACUUUCAGAGCCCUGACCUGGCCGGGAGACAGAGGAAGAACCCAGGGGCCAGAGGCCAGAAGCAAAAGAGCGCGGGCCAGUUCCACAAACCCAGAGUCCACGGCCAAGAAACCCCGGAAAUGCAGCCUUUGCCACCAGCCUGGACACACCCGUCCCUUCUGUCCCCAGAACAGAUGAGGCAGGGGAAGGGAGAGAGGGCUGCUUCCUCAGACCUGCCCCUUUCCUCUUGGGAAAAAGCUAUUGUCACUAGGACCUUCCCUGCCCUGGAGGCCUUGUGGAAAGCGGUGGCUUUUGCGGCCUGGCCUACCUGUGCUCGGGAGUCAGGAUCCAGACCGCUCUCUGGAGAAGUCUGCCUCGGCUGGGCAGUGACCUCAGCUGGGGCUUCUCGCUGCUGGCACUGCAGAGCUUUUUACGGCGGGGUGGGCGCAUCCCGCUCUGUGGCCUCCCGGACUUUCUUCCCUUCUGGAAAGUCCCCUUGAGAGACCGGCACUCCUGGUACAGGCUCCGGGCAGCCUGGACAGGGUUCUGCUGGCAGGCAUUCUGAGAAAGGAGGGUGCAGGACAAGAACGUGGCCCUUGUUCUAAAAUCGUGUCUCUCGAAGAAGCUUUGUUUUCUUUACCCAGACACUUCUGCGGCCAGGACACCGCACAGCUCGUGUGUCUUAAUAAAGAAUCCUGCCCCUCUGCUCUGGUGGGUGUGGUGCGAUGCCGCGGCCCCGGCCCAGAGCUUAUGCCAAGGAUAUAAUAGGAGAACACGAUUGUGACCCCGCAGGCUUUAGUGUGGACGUCGGAGCACGAGCAGUGGGAACGCCCGGCUUGCUCUGGGUGGAAUGCUGCCCUCCCCAAAACCCCCUCAGAUAACGAGCAGCCAGGAACACCUGGUCUGCUCCGGGUGGAACGCCGCCCCAACCGAAACCUGAUUGCUCCUGACAAUAGCCCACCGGACCCUGGAAACAUGUUUAAGUACAGGUUACAUUUGCUUACCGUUACAUCAUCCACUCCCGUGGCCUUCCCCACGAUGUACUACCAUUCACUAGGAUGUGCUGCAGACCAGGAGACUCCCCUAGAUUGUCUUUGAUUGUUGAUUGUCUGAAUACACGAGGUCAUGGCUGUUCGGGGAGGUCGCACUCUUUGCGGUCGUCCCCUGCACCCUCGUUUCUUUCGCAGCUAACCUGUCUGUGCCUCGUCCUUCUCCGAAUCACCGCGGUGCUGCUCAGUGUCUGGUGACUGGUGGCAGAAGCUGCGGCCACGGACCCCAGCCAGGGCUCGAGGGACCUCUCACUGGCCUCUGGCCCUCUUGGCCUCUCCUUCCAGCCCCAGCCCUUCCUCCCUGUCCACACGGUGGGCAGUGAGCCGAGCUGCUCCCAGCCCCAUGAACAGCUCACCGCACAGAGCAGUGCAGAAAGACCACAGAAGACUCAGAAUGCUUCCACACUGUGCAGAGGUGACCCCGUUCCUUGUGUGUCUUUACAAAAACCUGUGUGUGAUACCUAACCAUGUGCCUUUAUCUUGCUGGUUAGGAGAUAAGCAGGACUGGGUGUGAGUUGCCCAGAGUCGCAUUGCUGGUGGGCGAAGAAAUGAACUGUGCUCAGUCUUGGACUCCUGGCCCCGAACCCUCCAGUGACAGUGGUUGUUUUCGGAGCAUCUGAACAGUGGCUGGGGUCACGGCCCUGCGUUUGUGUUUUAGUCCCCUCCCCCCAGCCCUUGGCAACCACCAGUCUGCUUUCUGUCUUGGUGGCUUUACCUCUUUGGAACAGUCCGUGAAAUGGGAUCACAGAGCCUGUGGCCUUCUGUCCAGUUUCUCUGCCUUCGCGUAUUGUCUGCAAGGUUCAUCCACGAGCGUGUGUUGGCACGUGAUUCCUCAGUGUGACUGCGCGACACUCCAUUUCGUGGUUGAGCCAUAUGACGUCCGUCUGGUCAGUUGAUGGGCAUUUGGGUUGUUCCCACAUCUUGGCUCUUGGGAACGGUGCUAAUAUAAACUCAUGCAUAAGAUUUGAA